AUGGCCCCCACCACUCGUCCCGAACAGCAGUUGAAUCUCAAUCUCUCCUCCCUGCCUCCUAUGCCUGACCCAAGCUCUAUUCCUUCGAGCAAGUCCCCUUUUUCGGGCGCCAAAGGCACGCCUUCUGGCCUCGCAGGUCUAUCCAGUGCUAGAAUGGGAGCCGGUUCUCCCCUGCACGACCAGACCUCACGCUUGUUCCCAAAACGUACUCGCGAGCUGCAGUCUGUAGCCGGUCUUUCUCCUAACAUCUGGGGACCGCCAACCAGCGGCACUUCCACUCCCUUGUUCGAGAUACCCGAGUCCCCUAACCAGGACGGCUUUCCUGACCUGGUUCCCUUGACAGAAACCGGCAUCAACAGUCCCGCCCGACGGGGACGUGCUGGCACUCUUCCGUCAAGAAUAUCUGCCCCAAGCGGUAUCACCAAUGUCAAUACAACCACAACCUCCAAAACUUCCAGACCUACUCCUUCGACCAGCCCUUUCAGGCCUGGUUCAACUUCUGCUGCUGAAAAUGCCUUCAACAGUGCCCAGUCUUCCACCAACCCGGGGACUGCUGCUCUUCUGUCGAGACUGCGUGCUGGUAGCAUGCCGCAGCGAACGAGCAUUCUUGGUCAGUCAAGCGUUUUCGGGAGCUCGUUCGGCUCCAGCUGGGGUAACACCCGUGCUCGAGCAGCAACUCUCAACAGCAUCUCUUCUGCCGAAGAUGCAUCAUCUCCUUCCCAACCUAGCUUCUCCAAGGACGCCAUGAGCGAAGCCGGUGCGAGGACUCUAGAUUACCUUGGGCUGGCCGAGACUCCUCAGCAAACUCGGGUUGAGCCUUUGCGGCGAUCCGACGACGGCUCCGAGCAGUCUCGAGCCGAUCCCCUGGCAAACUUUCAUCUACGCAACUCCUCCAAUCGCUUCCGAUCUUUCUCGGUCAACACUCAGCCCCAGCAGUAUAACCUCGAGACGCUUGAGAAUGCUGGCUACUUCCAAGAUGGCACUUUGACCCCGUCUGGGGCUGCCGCGCUGGAAGCUGAAUAUCAAGCGGUGCAAGAGAAGGUUCGGCUGCACAACCAGGCCGUUCAGGCUUUUGCUGUGAACGCCAGUGUAGCGAGGCCGCGGGCCAGAACUGCCGGGCUGGUCGAGACUCCCCAGCGAACAUCGUUGAGAAACUUGGUCCAGGGAUCCAGUCAUGAGGAUAUCCAGCCUUCCAUGGAUAUGCAGCUUCAUGGCAACGAGCUCACUGACGCGCUCAAUGGCUUGAACCUGAAUGAUGGCUCUGCAGGACUAGGAGAAGGCUUUGAUGAGACCGAUUUGCAGCCGUCCCGCUCCCUUUGGAUCGGUUCUAUUCCCAACUCGACCACUAUGUCUUCACUGGACGCCAUUUUCAGCCGCUUUGGCCCUAUCGAAUCGACAAGGGUUCUUACUCACAAGAAUUGUGGCUUUGUUAAUUUCGAAAAUGCUGACAAUGCCGUUCGUGCUCGUCAGAUUCUUAACGGGAAGGAGAUCUUCCCAGGUGCCGGUCCAGUCAGGAUCGGUUUUGCAAAGGCUCCCACGUCCAACGCCAUGACUCCAAGUGAACCCAUGCUGACGCCAACAUCCGCGGAGAAUGAAAAACCCUCCGGUGCUGGUGCUAAGGGCGAUGUUAUGCCUGAGCCAUCGUCUGCUGCUCCCUCUACGUCUGCUUCAAUGGUAGACCGACUUGGCGAGCUGCAGCCCGAAAUACUACAAAUCGUCACCGAAUUUGGUGCGCCCCCUCAAGACAUCCCUGUCAUCUCCGCCAACAUUCAGAGCGCUGCUGCGUACAAGUCGCUGAAGAGAGAAGUUCCUCCCAUUCCUGAACCAAGUGCGACUCGGAUGUACGAUGCACCACGACUCCGUGACAUUCGAAAGCGCAUUGACAACGGCACCUGUGGCCUACAAGAGAUUGAGCAAAUUGCGAUGGACAUGCUCCCUGAAAUCGCCGAGCUUUCGUCCGACUACUUGGGUAACACUGUUGUCCAAAAGCUGUUCGAGUUCUGCUCGGAGCAAAUCAAGGAGCAGAUGCUGGUUCAGAUUGCGCCGCACCUGGCUGAGAUUGGCGUGCACAAGAAUGGUACCUGGGCAGCCCAGAAAAUCAUUGAUGUCUGCAAGACCGACAGCCAGAUCCGCAUCAUUGUGGACAACCUCCGCCCGUACACCAUUCCUCUCUUCCUCGACCAGUACGGCAAUUAUGUCUUGCAAUGCUGCCUUCGUUUUGGUUCCCCGUACAACGACUUUAUCUUUGAGACCAUGCUCAGCCACAUGACUGAGGUCUCACAAGGUCGUUUCGGCGCGCGUGCCAUGAGGGCAUGCCUGGAAUCUCACUACUCUACCAAACCUCAGCAGAGAGUGAUGGCUGCUGUUAUUGCGAUGUCCAGCGUGCAGCUAGCGACGAACGCUAACGGGGCGUUAUUGCUUACUUGGCUACUCGAUACGUGCUCGUUCCCACGUCGUCGGUCGGUUCUGGCCCCUAGGCUGGCACCCCAUCUGGUGCAACUUUGCACGCACAAGGUGGCUUAUUUGACAGUUCUCAAGAUCAUCAACCAACGCAACGAGCCUGAAGCUAGGGAUUUGAUACUCAAAGCACUCUUCUUCAGCUCCAACGACGCUGUACUUGAGCAGAUCCUUCGCGACCAGACAUCUGGCGUCACUCUGAUCUUUAAGAUCUUGACCACUCCAUUCUUGGAUGAUGCUAUGAGACCAGAUGUUGUUCGCAACAUCACCAAGGUCCUUACGAAGAUCAAGGCUCAGCCAAACCAAGGAUACAAACGUCUCAUGGAUGAAGUUGGGAUGUCAGCUCGACCCGGACAGCCUCACCAACAAUCUUUUGGACAUGCGCAUCCCGUCAACGACCGCCGCCCGUCCACGCAACCAGCACCAAUGGCGCAGCCGCCCACCUUCCAGCGCCAAUACAGUGGAACAUACAUGCCUAGUCUCGAAAAUGGAGCCAGUCCAGUCCGUUCGGGAUCUGCCGACCCUUUCGGCUAUCCUGGUUACAAUAUCAACGCAUUCGGAGCGCAGCAGAACUAUGGUGGCAUGCCUUACCAGCAGAUGACGCCUCAAAGUCAGUACCAAGGUUUCGUAGGAGGUGCGCCACGCUCUGCCAGCGCCGGCUUCGCGCCACCUGGGUUUAACGGCUACGCUACCCCACCGUCAACGAUCGAUACAUUCAGAAUGCAGAAUCAGGCUGCUUCGCCAGUGCCCUUUUCGACCAGCCCUGUCAUGAGCGCCGGGGUCGUGCCUCCGGGCUAUUCACAGAACAUGCCAGCAAGCAUGUACGGCUACCCUCAGCAACAGCAGCAACAGCAGCAGUAUUUCUACUCUCCGUCCAUGCAGCCUGUUCACACUGCUGGAAGGGGUCGACGGGUAAGUCCAUACAACGGAUUUUGA